UAUCAAGAGCAGCCUACAACAUAUGGCUGAAGAAACCACUCAGGAGCGGGGUCAGGACCCGCAGACUCCAGCGACGCAAUUGCAGGGUCUAUUAGCUGAGAACCCUUUGCAGGUGGAUGAUGCUUUGCACGAUAAUGACUCUACCUACAAUGCUUCAGAUGGAUCUACUAGCUAUCUGUCAUCUCUGAACUCGAGCGUUAACGGGCGUCGAUACCAUGCAUUUCGCGCGGGCUCCUAUCUAGUGCCAAAUGACGACGAAGAGCAAGACCGAAUGGAUUUAGUACAUCACAUAUAUAGUCUGGUACUUGCGGGAAAGCUAUACCUUGCUCCUAUUGGCGACAAUCUCCAGCGUGUACUUGACCUUGGUACCGGGACUGGUAUCUGGGCAAUGGACUUUGCAGAUGAACAUCCGUCCGCAGAAGUGCUCGGGACUGAUUUAAGCCCAAUACAACCUAAAUGGACGCCGCCCAAUUGUACAUUUGAAGUUGACGACUUUGAGUCAGAAUGGCUAUAUCGUAAACCAUUUGACUUUAUACAUGCCCGCGAAUUAGAAGGAUGUAUAGCCAACGACGAUCAACUAUUCCAGCAAGCGUUCCAACACUUGGUCCCUGGUGGAUACAUUGAGCUGCAGGCUUGUUAUGGACGUUUCAUGUCUGAUGAUGACACAGCUGAAAGGGCCGCAAAUGCCCAGUUCUGGAUAAAGACUAUAUGCAAGGGCGCGGCGAAGUUUGGCAAACCUUUGGAUAAUGCACCUCAAUGGAAAGAACAAUUGAAAGGUGCAGGAUUUGUGGAUAUCCAACAAGAAAUUCACAAGAUACCUAUUGGCGAGUGGCCUAAAGAUCCAAAACUUAAGGAGAUUGGGAGAUAUCAGUCUGUUCAGGAGCUCAAAUUCGUUGACUCUUACACCCCCGGAGUCUUUGGACGCAUACUCGGCUGGAGCGAAGAAGAAAUACAGGUGUUUGUGGCCAAGGUAAAGAAUGACCUCAAGGAUCCAUCAAUUCAUCUCUACCUCCCGGUCUAUUUUAUCUGGGGGAGAAAACCUUGAUCGUUGUCCUAUACGUACAAGUUUCUGGGACAAGUGGUAUCCGUAGACUGCUAUGAUAUAGGAUGUUGCAAACCUUCUCGCACUAUCUUUAGGCCAGGACUAGUUCCACUUACAAUAGAGGACCUCCUCUACUCCCUUGGUGCAGCCAUAUCGUCGCGAACGCGGCAGCUACUACGGCAGGCUAUAGGGGCGACUGUUGCAAAACCCCAAAAUCCACCACGCAAGUGUCGAAAUGGGCUAGCGGCAUGGACAUCCCGCCCGGCAGUACAUCGCUCCAUGUACCUCAGUGCAGAUUACCUGGAUUGUUUUUCGCAUUCAACAGAUGCAAAUAAAGCGGCGGGGCCACAGCGGACCAGCAAAGCGCAUUUUCA